AAGGGACAUGUUAGAGGCUGGCAGGCCCGCGGAGCAGCACGUCUAGACGGGGUAACGGACACCCUUUCAGAGAUGGGCUACUUCGCCCAAAGAGGAAGGAGACGAAUCUGAACUGUGCAGCUACAACCUGGGCUCGGUGUGGUGUUUCUGGACGCUCGUAUGCAAGAGUUAUUUAAUGUUUAAAAUGUGGGAGAUGGUGGCGUUACCGAGAGCGAGCUCUCCCUUCCUGUCGUCUAGGACAAGAUGGCAGCAAUGCAGGCGAACUGUGCAUGGUAUGGAUUUAUAAGUCCAUAACAUGUUCAGAGAAGCCCUGGAUUAUACUUAUAGUGACUCUAUGUGAAGGUAUGGCCUCACAAGUCUUGGUCUACCCACCACACAUUUAUCAAACCCAGACAAGUGCCUUUAGCAGUGUGAAGAAACUCAAAGUUGAGCCCAGCAGCUGUGUGUACCAUGAGAGGGCACACCCGCGGACUUAUCUGAACAGCAGAACCCUUGGCAUUGUGCACCCAACAAAACAAGCCCACUCGUUUGUGAACCGAGACUUGGCAGUGGGCGUGAAAGUGCGUGGAGGACAAGAGUACCCGGUGCAGACGGUGGUGGUGCGUGGUGUACAGAGACAACAGCCCGGUAAAGGAGGAGGAAGAGGAGGAGGCGGAGGAGGAGGAGGCGGAGGAGGAGGAGGCGGCGGCGGAGGCCCAGCUGCGGCCCAGCAGCGACAGGACGCAGGGGUCGUCCACUCGCAGGGCAAGGAGCAGCAGCAGACAGACACAGCAAGUGGGGGCAGCAGUGGAGCAACAGGGGCAGGAGGAGGGGGACGGGGAGAGGGCUGCAGUGGAGGAGGCGAGGGAGGUGGAGAGGAGGAGGGUGACAGGGAAGAGAACUGUGGAGGUUUGAACUCAGCUGACAGCUCUCAGCGAUGUGGGCUGAAACGUAAAAGUGAGGAGCUGGAUAACCGAGGGAGCACCAUGCAGAUUGUGGAGGAACUGUCAAUGUUGCCUGCCAUGAUGCAAACGACGAAUGUGGGGAAUGCAACCAUGACUGCGCCUGCGGCCGUGGGGGCUGGAGGGGGCCCCUCCAAACAGGGUGUAGGUGCAGCAGGAGGGACGGGAGGAGGGGAUGGGGACUAUCAGGUAGUACAGCAUGAAGUCUUGUGUUCCAUGAAGAAUACUUAUGAAGUGCUGGAUUUCUUGGGGCGCGGCACAUUCGGCCAGGUUGUUAAGUGCUGGAAGAGGGGCACGGGUGAGGUAGUGGCUGUGAAGAUCCUGAAGAACCACCCUUCAUACGCACGGCAGGGUCAAAUCGAAGUUGGCAUCCUUGCUCGUCUGAGUGGGGAGAAUGCAGAUGAGCACAACCUGGUGCGAGCCUUUGAAUGCUUCCAGCACCGCAGCCACACCUGCCUGGUGUUCGAGAUGCUUGAGCAGAACCUGUACGAUUUCCUGAAGCAGAAUAAGUUCAGCCCGCUGCCGCUGAAAGUGAUCAGACCUGUGCUACAGCAGGUAGCUACAGCUCUGAAAAAACUGAAGAGUAUGGGUCUGAUUCAUGCAGACCUCAAGCCUGAGAACAUAAUGCUGGUGGACCCAGUGAGGCAACCCUACAGGGUGAAGGUGAUAGACUUUGGCUCAGCCAGUCAUGUGUCCAAAGCAGUGUGCUCCACGUACCUCCAGUCUCGGUACUAUAGGGCUCCAGAGAUUAUUUUGGGAUUGCCGUUUUGUGAAGCCAUAGACAUGUGGUCCCUAGGCUGUGUGAUAGCUGAACUUUUUCUGGGCUGGCCCCUUUACCCCGGGGCCCUCGAGUACGACCAGAUUCGCUACAUCUCUCAGACACAAGGUUUGCCGGGGGAACAUUUAUUGAACACGGGGACAAAGACAGCACGGUUCUUUUGCAGAGAGUCUGACUCACCUUAUGCAGCAUGGAGACUAAAGUCAACAGAUGAACAUGAGACGGAGACGGGAAUGAAAUCAAAGGAAGCCAGGAAGUACAUCUUCAGCUGUUUGGAUGACAUAGCGCACGUGAACUUGGUGAUGAAUCUGGAAGGUAGUGACUUGUUGGCAGAGAAGGCAGACCGUCGGGAGUUUGUGGGCCUGCUGAAGAAGAUGUUGUUGAUUGAUGCAGAAGAGAGGAUUGCCCCUGCUGAAGCUCUCAGCCACCCCUUUGUGACAAUGCAACACCUGCUCGACUUUCCCCAUAGCAACCAUGUGAAGUCAUGUUUCCACAUCAUGGAUGUUUGCUGGACUCGUCCCAGUGCAUACGAGGCGGCCAACAGAAAUAAAGGUCCUUUCAUCAGACCUGUGACCACAACCGCUGCUGCCUCUGUCAACCACCCAUUCAGCAAGAUUACCGGUGUCCACACACAAGGAUUAGCCCCAUCAGCCCCAUCAGUGAUGCACCCUGGGAUACCACUGCAGACAGGAAGUGGUCAGUUUGGAUGCAACGAUUCAUUUCAGCAGGCACUCAUUCUAUGUCCCCCAACCAUUCAAGGAAUCCCCACCAACACAGCUAAACCAGCAGGCUACUCUGUUCGAAUGGAGGCGUCUGUGCCUCUGGUCACUCAAGCACCCCCCAUCCAGCCCAUACAGAUCAGACCUGGAGUCAUCACACAGGCCUGGUCAAACCGUGCACAGCAGAUCUUGGUGCCCACUUGGCAGCAGGUGACAUCAGUGCCACCACCACCAACCACUUUGGCAUCUGACACUGUGGCGGGCUCACAAAGAUUGGGUGACUGGGGGAAAGUGCGUCCCCAUGGUAACCAUUACAGCUCCAUGAUUGCACACCCUCAGCCAUUCUUAACCAACCAAAUGACCAUGUCCACCCACCAGCCAAUCAACAUAGGCAUUGCACAUGUGGUGUGGCCACAGCCAGCUGCCAACAAGAGAGCCAAGCCUUGUGUGAACAGGGGCAGCAACUUCUCCCAAAACACGAACGUCCAAAAUUUAGCAUGCCAGUCCCCAAAGAUGGCCGAUACAGCAAAGAAUGUGCAGCAGGUAGAAGCCAGGUGCCCAGAGGAAGGGCAUACUGCAGGAGAGCAGCGAGGAACAGAGCAGGUGGAGGAGGAUGAUGAGAACUGCUGUAAGGUGGAGCCAGACUGUGAGGAGCUUUCAGUUUCGCAGGAGCAGCGGCAGGCUAUGGUGAUCUCUGACCUAGCUAGCCCAACUGUUAGUGUCAUCAGUAUCAGCAGCGACGAAGAGGAGAGUGCACAAAGACAUUCAAUGGGGGAGUGUAAGGGUAGUGCAGAUUGUGAGGCGUGUCAGAGCACCGUCAGUAUGGAGAGAGUCUGUUCCCUCAGCAGUCCAGACAGCACGCUCAGCACUAGCUCUUCAGCCUCAGCCCAGUCCAGCACCUCACCCUGCAAACACCCCAACAGUAUGUCAGAUGAUGAACAGGAGAGUGGUUGUGACACAGUGGAUAGCUCGCCUGCCUCAGACGCGUCCGGCCAUAGCAACAGUCCCUUCGCACAGCAACGCUUCAUUGGCGACAGCAACCAGAACUGCGAACCUCGUGUUGCGUGCGUUGCCCCAGAGACCGAGCCCAGCAAGCCAACAGUUCGUACUGUUGUGGUGCCUCCAAUGAGGGUGCAGAACAACAACAACCCUGCUGUCAAUGAAACAUGUGGCAGCACAGUUUUGGAGUCUUCAUGCCAAUCCAAAGGGCGAGGCAUUCCUGGGCGACAGCAUCACCACUCCACUCCCCUCCACAACAGGCCGCAGAAGAUCACCCCUGCAUUCCAGCCCCAGCAACAGCAGCCUAUAGGCUUUGGGCAGGUGCAGCAUUUCGGUUCCUGCCAUCAGGAAUGGAACGGCAACUUUGGCCACCGGAGACCACAGGCCUAUAUCCCACCCACCAUGCAUGGGCACACAUUCACCCUGUCCCACAGCAGCCCAAACCACACUACGGGCCCUCAUCCCCACCUUGGGGGCCACCCGCACACCCAGCCCACCUUACUGUCCUACCCGCCGUCUGGUCCUCUGGUUACGGCUGCGCCCGUGGCCCACCUCCUGGCUUCCCCUGUAGCCUCCCGCCCCGUCCUCCAGCCCACGUACAGCAUCUCCCACCCGGCAGGCAUCGUGCAUCAGGUCACAGUGGGCAUCAACCCGCGGCUGCUGCCCUCCCCCACCUUGCACCCCCAGGGCCAAUUCAAGCCCCUCUUUCCCCCGCACUCCUACAUCGCCUCGCCCGCCUACGCCAGUUUCCCUCUCAGCCCCACCAAAAUAAACCAGUACCCUUACAUCUGAGCAUGGCUGCCCAGGUACCCUUUAUACCACCUGAGGGCUAAGCGAGCAGGGCGAAAUCUAUCUUAAACCACAAACAACAUGGUUUUCAUUUCCAAAACCAUGGCACAACCACAGAGAAAGCAAGCUAUUUUUUGAAUCAUGUAGACUUGGGUGUAAUUGAACUUCAAGCUUUAAAAAGAAAAAAGAAAAAAAAAGAGUUCCAAUGGUGGAGAUGAUUUGGGCAAAAAUUAAGAAGGAAAUAAUGUAUGAAUGAUUGAAUGAAAGAAUGAAUGAGUAGUUAAACUCACACUUAAUGUGUUUUGCACAUUUGAUAUAUAUCUUUGCAUUGGAUCUUCUACGAAUACUCCUCAAAACAGGUAAAUAAUUGGGGUGGUGUUGAAUAGUUAGACUUUGCACCCCUGAUCCCAGCUAUUUUUCUAUAUUGCCUUCUUAUGUGUGCAAGACACAUCCAUAUUUGUAAAGCCAUCCCAGUCUCUAGCUCUAGAUCGACAGAUGCACACGUCGUCCACAGUGUAUGUUGUACUGCGUUUGAAGUAUUUGUACCUUUUCGGUGUCUUUUGGUGUUAGCAAUGUCAAGUCAAUUAACCGAUUUAUAUAGGGUUGUUCCUCACGCUGCAUGUGGUCUUGCAUGAGCAAAAAUGUAAACGGAAAGAUGCAUAGACGUUGCUCUUAUUGUUUGUGUCACAAGACUCGCUGCAUUGUAUAACUGUCCCCAGCCAUAGUGCCUUACAUAUUUGAGGUUGUUAAUGUUACUACUUAUAUAUGACUAUAUACAUGAAUAUUAAUGUACUGGACUGCAGCACUUGAAAUUCCAAUCAGUCGAUGCAUCCUAUGUGUGAGUAUAUAUAUGCACACGUGUAUAUGUCCAUGCAUAGCCUGCAUGGAUGUGAUGUAUCGCGGAUAGCGGUGCUUAUCUUUUGGAGUCAGUGUAUAUUUCAGUGUGUAGUGAGUUACUUUUCUGUUCUUUAAGAACAGCAUGCUUUGCUGUUGCGAAUGCUUACUGUUUUCAUAAAAAAACAUUUUUCGUUUUUGUUUUUUUAGUUCUCCCUUUCCCCCCGAAUGAACUAGUGUACAAAGUGCAAGUACUGAGUAUUGCUUAAUAUUUGAUAAUCACUUUCUAUUUAGUGAAACUAUUACUACAAACAGUAUUUGUACUGUUUGAUGAAACUGCAAUACAAUCUAAAUAGUUGUUGAUUCGUUUUCUUUUCUCGUCUUCGUAUUUUCAUUUUGAGUGUUUUCACUUUGUUUCUUAGGUGUUUAGAAGUGUGGUGGGCAUGGCUUUGAUUAGGUAAGGAAAAAAAUGCAAAUUAAUUCACGGUAUGGAAUUUUCUAAGCCUGAGCAAACCAUGCAGUAUUCGAUAUACACACAUAUAUGGACAUAUAUUAUAGAGCUAGACUAUUUAGUACAGAUGCUUGAUAAGGUGUGAGUUAAUUGUGUGCAAUUCUCUCAUUUAUGCAUGUGUGACAAAGUUAACUUUUUCCCUUUACAUUAUACCAUUUGUUAAAGGCUUAAGGCUUAUCGGUGUCGACUGCUUAUUUUAUACAUUCCGUCAGGGAGGAUAUAUACAUAUAUAUAUAUAUGAUGGUAGCACCAGUCUAUAUAUAUGUAGAUAUGCUGUGUGUGCAUUUUAUCUGUUCAUUUUACUAGUUAUGUGUUUUGUUUUUUUUGUCUUUUAUUUUCAAAUGAAGUUGCUUGUGCAGCACCAAAGACUGUAAUUCAUUUCCUGAGCAAGGUAGCUAUUCUGUUUGCAUAGACCUCAGUUAUACUGUAGUCGUAGAAUGGGGUUAAAUUAAAACAAACAAAAAAACAUUGUAUUUAAAAAAAAAAAAAAAAACACGGCCGAGGUUUUGUCUAGCUUAUUGGGCAAUUAAUAAGUCGUAUCAUUUCUUUCUUGAAUGUAUCAUAGAUAAGCUGCUAUAUGAUGAUUGCCACUUCGAUAGCUGUGAAAUUAGGUGAUUUCUCUGAGUUUAAACCUAGCGUUGCUAUUUUUGUAUAGGUCCCUAAUUAUCUGAAAUAGAAGUGGUUUUUUGAUUUUUGUGUUUUUGCGUUCAUAUUUGGAGUGUCAUUGUAACUACUGUAUUGCUGAUGAUGAACAUUAGUUGCAUUUGUUGUUUCUCGGGGUGUGUGUUUUUGCAUCAGUAUUUUAUCCUUAUUAACCUUUCGGGCUCAUCACUGCAUAUAAAUGAUGUAUCGAUGUAACUUAAUUUUUGUAUGUUUUCAUAUUGACGUUUUGUACACAUCUAAAGCUGUAGCUUGCAGGAUUGAUUUAACUUUUUCAUUGUACGUAUCUACGGUAUACUACCAGUACUCUGCUGUGUGUGUCGCAGGAGCACUGUGAGAUGCCAGAAAAGAGAAAAUCCAUUGUGUUCAUUGAGAAGCUUCAGUAAUGUUUCCACCGAUUACACAGAAACACACUCGCCACUAAGCACUCAUACAGGUAGUUAGGCUUGUAAGGGUUCGGGGUUGAUUGGACUGUGUGUUCAGAACUAAAUUAAGCCCAAUGUUUCUGUUCCAAAAAUAAUGUUUUACAACUCGUUUUACUGUUAAAUUGAUUUGAUCAAAUAUUUAUUGCAACCUUUUUAACUGUUCAAUGUUAUAUCCGGCUAGAAUAUCAGCUUCACAGCUCGUUAUUCUAAACUGCCUUUUGUUCGGAUCGCUCUCCCCUUUAUGAGUGUCUCAUAUCGAAAUGAUGUUUUGUCAACGCAAAACUGUGGCCAUCGUUAUGUGUUCCUUACCGAAAUUGAGACAGUGUGAGCAGCACUGUGUACGUGCCUUGAGCUUCAGAAAGUGAGAAUUCAAGAUGGUGAUUCUUCACCUCUUAUAUGAGGAGGAAGGCAUAGAAUCCACCAACAGUCCGUUACCAUAUAGAGUAGGCAGUCUUUCUACGGCCACAUGACCAGGAAUAAUAACAACAAAAACACAAAAUAGGACAUGCACAUGGUGGUGGUGCUCUUUGUUUCAGAUAGCCGCCGCCAAAGCCUCUCUGUGAUAACACACACACACACACACACACACACACACAUACAAAAACACAGACACACACACUUUGAAUGAUAUGACACUCGACGAUCUUUGGAUAGUCACUCUGGCUGAACAGCAGAUGCAAUACUUUACAUUGUGCGGUCAUUGCACCACCAAGUGUUCUUAGAUAAUCUCCAUGCUUUACAUUACCUUGCAUGUACACCUAAGUUGCUUCACUUUGUCUGCCUCGAAGCUGUCUGCUCAGAGCAGCUUUUCCAUCGUGCAAGUACAGGCUGAGCGGGAGUAACCAGAGCACAGCUGACAACACUGGCCUUUAAAAAAAAAAAAAAAUCCGAGGAGCCAGUGCUUUAUAUCCAGUCUUAUCUGGAUUCUGUGCUCUGGAUGGAAACUGCUCUGUCAAGGAGAUUAUUGUGGUUUCUCUGCACAGUCAGUCAUGAGUACAAUACUCCACAUUUAAACACUGACAUUGAUAUGGUUUUUUUGAAAGCUUUUUUUUAUAUAUAUAUUACUUGUACGCUUUACCGAUCGUACUCGAGUAUCAUUUUGGGAAAGUAAGAUUACGAUGACAACAAGGCAUGAACUUGGCAGAUUAGUGCUUGAAAUAGUUCCCCAAUAAUACGCAUGUUGAAAUGAAAUCUGUGUUUUGAUUCCUCCAAAGGUAUUCACCAGCAAUGCGCCUGCAUAAACUCUCCCAUACUUGUUAGGAAAAGAAUGGAUGCAAGCGGAGAGAUAUCUUAAAUCUGUUUUUAUUUUCCACACGAUUGACACCUUGGGUUUUAUGGAAUUUUUUUUUCUUUUUUUAAAGAUUCAUGUAACAUUUAACAGAUAAAAACAGUCAUUUGUAAAAUUACUACUAUUAAAGUUAUGACUUUGAUAUCAGAAAACAAAUCCUCUGCUGCGGUAUUAUCCUUUAGAGAUGUUAAUUCAGGGUCUGUAUUAGUCUAAAUGUACUACUGUGUUACUCUUUGCUUUGAUUUGAUAAGAUUUGUUUUACUCAAGCUCUUAUUUUUCUGGUCAUCUGUAUCAAUUUCAGAGUUAAUUCACACUGCAAGUUAUGGAAUCAUCUGUUUAGAUUGCUCAUCAAAUAGACUUGAUUAUGAAAAAUCUGAACUGUUACUGUUUUAAUACCUGUAGAUUUUUUGUGGCUUUGUUUUAUUAUUUUUUUUUGUUUUUCGUUUCAUUUUGCUUUUUUUAUUUUGUGCUACACUAGUUUGCCAUGUAGCAAUUGCACUGUGCAAUAUUUACAGUAUGAGGACUGGGAAAACUAACUCUAUGGAUGUGAUGUCUCAGUUUGCGAUAGUGUUUCCUCUCUAGUUCUCAGUGAUUUAGGUGUGACCAAGCCUUCUCUACUUUGUCACAUUAAGCGGGUUUUCCAGGUGACUCUUUUGGUGAGUGUCAAAAUAAGACUUUAUCGUGUAUUAUUGUUAAGAUUCACUUUGAAUUAAAAAAAAUCUAUUGA